AUGAGCUGCCGUGACCCUCUUACCCUUGUCCGGUGUGAGCUUCUGGAGGCCACUGAGGCAGAGCCAGAUGCGUCAGCUGCAGAGCUCCAGCCAGCGGCAGAAGAAGAGCAGUGGGCAGUGGUGGAGGUAGAGCUGGCUCCAGCUCCGUUGACACCACCCCCUCUACCACUGGAGCCAGUGUCCCCUCCACCAGCAGUGUUGGAGGUGGAGCAAGGGCCAACAUGGGCUCCAGCAGGAGUAGGAGCUGCUUAGCUGGAGUCACCUGGACCAUCAUUUCUAGUGAGAAGUCCAUCUCCACCUGUGGCUCUUAAGGAGCGUGAGAAGCUUAAUCUCAUGGCCUUCCCUCCUAAGCUGGUGGUGGAGCAGUUUACCAUGAUGGAUGCGGAGCUCUUCCAGAAGGUGGUGUCCUCUCCGUGUCUGGGCUCCACCUGGGGCAAGAGGAACAAGCCCGGCAAUGAGCACCAGACACCCAACGUCCAGGCCACCGUCGACCACGUCAGAAGGGUGGCCAGCUUCGUCAUCAUCCCCUGCCUCGGGGACCCGAGCAAGACAGCCCAGGACAGGGUGAGGGUGGUGGAGCGCUGGAUCCAGGUGGCCCAGGUGUGCUGUGGGAGGCCCAGUGGAGCCCCUCUCUGAAGCCUUGGGAACUGCCUCUCCACAUUUAUCAGCUCCCAGGAUUGCAGUGUGUGGUCUAAGCCCCUGCACAGUCCCUAGGACCUUCCUGCCAGG